AGUGACCACACACAACCUGCUAAAUACUGUAGUUCAUUUCAUUCCAUGGAUGAUGUAAUGCUGAGGUCGUCCGCUUGGUGACAGUAAAGUGUCAUAAGGAAGUACUUUGUCCCGGCGAAGAAGACGCACCAGGAACGUUAACUGCACAAACAUGGCGGACGCUGUCCACAGCUACCAGAUGAGCUCCAGCCUAAGCUAAGCCUAAGCAAAAGAGGCUGCUUUCGAGGAGCUUCUAUGAGUUUUCAUGUUUCAUGGAUAUUCCGGACUCACUGGGACUCUGAGCUGUUCGCAUAAGACGAAUGGCGUCCACUCAAGCCCGAAUAGGCCAGCAGGCCUUGGCGGUGCUCGAUGUGGCUCUACGAGUCCCCUGCAUCUUUAUCAUCGACGCCAUUUUUAACUCUUACUACGACCCUGGGCCGGGAUGGGUCGGUGCCGUCGGGAAGGCUUUGUUCCGAGUAAUGGGUGUCCUUGUCUCCAGUGUGGUGCUGCUGCUCUCCCAGAAGGCCUUGUUCAAGUUCUACACCCUCUUCUUGGCUGUCCUGCUCGGCACGGCGGCCGUCCUUGUCAACUACCACGGCACGUCCCACAUCGACUUCUACAGCGCUUACUACAAAGCGGCGCUGGGCUUCAGACUGGUGCCCAGGAACGGGCCGACGCUGUGGCUGGGCGUGGCGGCGAUUCAGCUGUUCUUUGGGGUGGGUUACGUUUUCCUCUUCAACCUGCAGUCGUCGCUGGCCGCCCUGGUGGUCCUGGACAUCAUGGUCCCCGUGUGGGGGCUGAUGAUCGAGCUGCCGCUGGACGUGCGGAGGCUGGUGGCCGUGUUCUCGGGCAUGGUGCUGGCGCUCAACACGGUCGUGUGCCUCGCCAUGAGGCUCAAGUGGUUCUACUACUCGUGCCGCUACGUCUACCUGCUGGUCCGCCACAUGUACCGGAUGUACGGCCUGCAGCUGCUGCUGAAGGACACUUGGAAGAGGAUCAGGUUCCCUGACGUCCUGCGAGUGUUCUGGCUGACCCGGGUCACCGCCCAGGCCCUGAUUCUGGUCUAUGUGGUGCGGGCGGUGCGGAGGGAGAGCGGCGACGCCACGGGUGUGACAACAGACGGGAGCUCGGACUCGCAGGGCUACCUGCUGAGCUGGGAUGUGUUCUGGGACGUGACGAGUAACUUGAUCAUAUCCGGCUGUGACUCCACACUCACGGUUCUGGGCAUGAGCGCCGUCAUCUCAUCUGUGGCACACUACCUGGGCCUCAGCAUCCUCACCUUCAUCGGUUCAACUGAGGAGGAGGACAAACGUUUGGGCUUUGUGGCUCCAGUUUUGUUCUUCAUCCUCGCCCUGCAGACCGGCCUCAGCAGCCUGGACCCCGGGGAACGGCUGGUCCGUCUUAGCCGCAACAUGUGCCUUCUGCUGACGGCCAUCCUGCACUUCAUCCAAGGUAUGACCGACCCGGUGCUGAUGUCCCUCAGCGCCUCACACGUCUCCUCGUUCCGCCGCCACUUUCCCGUGCUACUGGUGUCGGCGGCGCUCUUUGUGCUCCCGGUUGUGCUCAGCCACGCCCUCUGGCACCACUACGCCCUCAACACCUGGCUCUUCGCCGUCACCGCCUUCUGCGUGGAGCUCUGCCUCAAGGUGGUGGUGUCGCUGACCGUCUACGGCCUCUUCAUGGCUGACGGCUUCUCCAACGUCCUGUGGGAGAAGCUGGACGACUACGUCUACUACGUGCGUUCCACGGGCAACAUCAUCGAGUUCCUGUUUGGCGUGGUGAUGUUCGGGAACGGCGCCUACACCAUGAUGUUCGAGUCGGGCAGCAAGAUCCGUGCUUGCAUGAUGUGCCUGCACGCCUACUUCAACAUCUACCUGCAGGCCAAGAACGGCUGGAAGACCUUCAUCAACCGCCGCACGGCCGUCAAGAAGAUCAACUCGCUGCCGGAGCUGCGCGGCGACCAGCUGAGGGACAUCGAGGACGUGUGCGCAAUCUGCUACCAGGACUUUGCCACCUCGGCUCGCAUCACGCCGUGCCACCACUACUUCCAUGCGCUGUGCCUCCGCAAGUGGCUGUACAUCCAGGACACCUGCCCCAUGUGUCACCAGAGGGUCAACGUGGACGACGACAGCCAAGACAGGGACGCCUUCUCCAACAACAACGGGGGCUACGCGGCGCCGCCGGACAACGACGACGCAGCCCCGCCGCUGUUGAGGGAGAACCAGCGCCAGGAGGCUGCCGACGGCCAGCCUGUGAAUCGGGUGGCAGUGGCGGCAGCAGCAGGCGGCGGCGGGCCAGCUGGGCUGGACCACGAGCUGCUGGAGGACAACGACAGCAUCGAGUAUGACGACGACGAGUGGGGGGUGCAAAAUGGCGGCACACCCGUGGAAGAAGAAUAUUUGAACGAUGACACAGACUCCACAGAGGACUGACGUCUGUUUUUAUUUAAGCUAGCAACACAAAUUCAGCAUUUUAAUUAAGAAACAUGUCAGGGAUGUGAUUUUACUGUUUCUUUAGGGUUUUACUUUGAAGGGACAGUUGGGAAGUUUUUGACAUGAAGUUGUAUGACAUGCCCAUCAGUGGUGUUGCGCGUCAACAGUGACUUUCCCCCUGAAGAAGUGAAGAAAGUAGCUCCGGCUAGUUGGUGGGCGUCACUUAUAAAGCGUUUUGCGUCCCAAAACGGUAUGCGUUCAAGAGAGUAACACAUUUGCAUGACAAAAUCACGAAAAAGUCAGACCUCACAAUCGCCCACCAAGACUAAGGCUACGUUCACACUGCAGUCCGUUUUAUUUUGAUGAUUUCUUUUCCUGUCGGUGUGAACAGCACAAUUCCGCUGUUUUCCAAUGUGACUUGUUGGUUUACUGUGUGAGACUUUGGUAGAAGGUACUCACUAUUGGAAGCAAAAGUUCUUCUGAUUUUUAAAAAGUGUUGGUGAAGCAACAGACGUCACAGCAAGUUGUCCACAAACCGCCAUCGCCAAAAUUCUUGCCCUCUUCUUAAUCUCCGACACGGAAUCAUUUGGUUGAGAAAAUAUUGACUCCUGUUGCACAAAAUCCUUGAAAUUGCCACAAACGCGUCAAGGAGAGCAUAGUGAGUACACACUGCAUUCAUCUUUACUUCCGGAAACACACGGAAAAGCUUGUGACGUCGUGCUUUUACUGGACGCUUCGUGUUCACAUUAACAUUUUUUGGCAAUGUGAACAACCACAUCAAAAUCCGAAUUGGGAAUCACCUCCUGCUGUGUGAACAUAGCCAAAGAGACUAUGACUGACAAAUGGGCUCACUCUGUUCAUGUUGUUCUCUGGAACAAGUGCGCUAAAAGCAAUGCACAGAGUGAACUCUCUUCCUGCCGGUUUGGAGGAUAACAGACAAGCAUGCACAUGGCAAUAUAUUCAGGCAGAUGAAAUUAAGUUAAUUUAUGUUUAUUGUGUGAUUAAUUUAUUGUUCGUUUCUUUAUUGCCAAAGAAUUUUUUAGACUGAAUUUAUGUAACUAAAUAUUGUUUAAAUUCUAUGACAUUAGUUGUUUUUUUUACAUCAAAUUAUGCUAAAAACAAAACUUCAUUGAAUAAAUUCAAUUGUAAUAAGAGUAAUGCAUGUGUUUAAAAAAAUCUGUUUGUUAAAAUAUGGUGUUUUAAAAUUCAGUUUAUAGGUAUUCAGUGUGAAAAAAAUAAAAAAUCAUUGCAAAAUAAAAAUUCCCGAAACUGUCGAUUUUGAAAAAUAAAAUUGAUAUGGACUGAGUUUUUACGAAGUGAAUUUUAAAACGCGCUAUUUUAGCCAACAGAAUUUUUAAAGUGUAUUUUAAUAUAGUGAAUUUCAAAACGCAUUUUGCUCGCAAUUUUUUAUUGAAAUUUUCAGCGUAAAUCUCAUUUAAAAAAUGUAAGUCACAAAAUUAAAAUGCAGUUACAUAAUAAAUUCAGUAAUAAAGAAACAAAUGACCCUUCAUACACAACCCCAACAACUGGGCGUAACGACUUUCUUAAACACCGAAAACCAACCAGAACUCACGAGAUGAAUAAAAAGUGAGGGGGUGGGGGUUCACCAUUGAUGCGUUACACUGCUGAUUGGUACGACAGAGUAUUUGGGCCAUAUUGGCCAUAUUAUACAUAAAGUUAUGUUUUUUUCUCAUAAAUGUAUGACUUUAUCAUAAUAUUACAAGUUUUUUUCUUUACCACUUCAUUCUCGAAAUCUCACAUUAUUUUAAUACGUCGUAACGGGCAUUGCCUGAGACAGCUAUGGAAAGGGGGGACUUUUGUGACCUUUGGCUCUUCUUUUUGUUCUCGAAAUCUCAGAUUUCCUUUUUUUCAACGUGGCCCUAAUACUCUGUCGUACAUGGGGAUGUCCUACAACUUCAUGUCCAAAAAAUCCCAACCAUCCCUUUAAAAGCGUGUGUAUGACGGCUGCGUGGUGUCGACCAAACCAUUCAUUCUGAUGCGUCUGUGUAGGCUCUCAGUCGUACAGGAGUUGUCCAAUGAGGGAAAGGCUUCUUGAGACGUCAUCUGUACUUCUGUGAAGAAGGUGUCGGACGUUUCGCUCCUCAUCCGAAGAGCUUCGUCAGCGAACUAAUAAGUGCUGGUAGCUUAGGCCUUAAAUACAGUAAGAGUGGGCGGAAUUGGUGUGCCAACUCCCUCCUCCUAUUGGUUCCUUACACUAAGCCUGGGAGGAGUUGUGGUCUAAUCCUCUCCUGCUAUUAGCACCUCCGAUAAAAGGGAAGUGUCGCUCCCUGUAG